GUUUAUACGCGAUGUCAGUAUUUAAUAGGUACCUACCUUCUAAUAAAUAAGAUUCGGCUCUGAACUGUCGAGGUCUUUUAUCUGAAUAUGUAAAAUGUGCCACAGCAUUUCAACUUUACCGUUACGUAGAUCGCUCGUGUUUAUAAAAUUAUCAUCUAAAUAAAAAUAAUGUCUUCAAUAUGUAGUAAAGACGGUCAUAAAUAUAUUCCAGUAGAAGUCGAAGAAACCGAUAUUUAUCCCGGGAUUUAUAAAAUUCUAGAAGAGAUAAGACCUAGUUGGCGACCCGAAAAUAUUAAAUUUAAAAUUUUUACUGACGGAAUCACAAACAAAUUAGUAGCUUGUGAAAUAAAUAAUAAGACGGGUGAAAGUGAAAAUAUAGUUUUAGUGCGAAUUUACGGAAAUAAAACGGAUUUGUUGAUUGAUAGGACUGCAGAAGUAAGGAAUAUAACCACACUUCACAAACUUAAUCUAGCACCAGAAAUUUAUGGAGUUUUUAAAAAUGGAUUAGCCUAUCAAUAUUAUCCUGGAGUGACAUUGAACAUAGACACUGUAAUUGAUGACAAAAUAAGUGCUAUGGUAGCUAAACAAAUGGCUAAAAUGCACAAAGUUGAGCUUGAUAAACAAAUACAGAAAGAGCCUAUGAUAUGGGAUAAAAUUGAACAAUUUCUGGCCCUGGUACCAGAACCUUUCACAGACCCUUCGAAACAAACAAGAUUUGCAAAUAGUUUCGGAUCAAUAACAAGACUAAGGAUAGAAUUUGAAAGACUAAAAUCGCACUUAAUAUCAACAGAGAGCCCAAUAGUGUUUGCUCACAAUGAUUUGCUUCUAGGAAACGUGAUCUACAAUGAAAAUAAUGGGACCGUGUCAUUUAUAGACUAUGAAUAUGCUGCCUAUAAUUAUCAAGCAUAUGAUAUUGCAAAUCAUUUCAACGAAUUUGUAGGAAUAUCCAUUGACGACAUCGACUAUUCGAGAUAUCCAAGCAGAGAAUUUCAGUUGUUUUGGAUAAGAACAUAUUUGACGGAAUAUAUUGGUGAAGUCGAUUCAGAAACUUUAUCAUCGAAAACUGAAGAUGUUUAUAGAGAGGUCCAGCUGCUGUCUUUGGCGUCACAUUUCAUGUGGGGAAUCUGGUCACUUGUACAAUUUGAACAUUCCAGUAUCGAUUUUGACUUUGGCAGGUACGCAGAGAUUCGUCUGAACAGAUAUAACGAGUUAAAAGACGCUACAUUGAAAUCUUUUGUUCAAUAAUAUGCUGUGGUGUCCUUCUAAAAAGUACAAGCAAUUCUAAUGUAUCUCUUAUGUAUUUAAAUAUUAUCUUAUAAAUAUCUACUGUACUAUUGUUUCAUAAAUUUAUUUAUUUAAUAAAGCAGCAGUAUACAUUUA